GGAGAGGAGGAGGAGGAGGGAGGAGGAGAAGCCGGAGUAAAGUUUGUCCAAGUUUGCACAUCCCUUCGGAAACGCCAUUUUGAUUCCUCUCCUCUGCGGAGCAACUUUGCAGCCUCUCUCUCCCUUUCUUUUUUUUUCCCUUCAUCACCUUCAUCAUCCCCGAUCACCGCCGUUCAUCUAUCAUCAUCAUCAUCAUCAGCCCCCACCACCACCAUCAUCAUCAUCAUCCUCGCCACGAUGUCUCGGCGCAAGCAGCCCAACCCCAACAAAGUGAAGCUGUGAGCAGUGGUUGCAGACACACACACAACAAACCCCGCCCCCUCCCACCCCGCCCCGAGACAGAUUCAAGCGAGCAAGCGUUGCUAUACGAAAAGGACGGCAGUCAUGGAGAACGCCACAGAGGAGCAGCAGGAAGGGGGAGGAGCCAAAACUGAGCUGACUGAGGAGGAGGAGAAAGUGCACAGUAACCUCAAAGGAGCGAUCAACGGAGUGACGGAGGGAGCAAAGGAGGCGGCGAAUGGAGGAGUGAAGCUGCAGAACGGAGACCAAGGUGGAGGCACCAUGGGAACCGAAGGAGGAGGGGGAGGAGGAGAAGACCUCUCCUCCAUCAAUGCCAUGAUGUCAGCGGUGAUGUCAGCAACAGGGACCAUCAAUGGCGGCGGAAAUGGAGGAGGGAGUGGAGUCACUUCAGCCAACUCCUCCGCCGGUCCCUCCCCGAGCCCUUCACCAAGCAAGUCCCUCACGGCGGCCAUGCGAGCCCCUCCCGGCCGCAACGCACGACGCAACCAGGACACCAAAGACGACAGCUCGACUUAUUUUUGUCCACUGUGUGACAAGAGCUGUCAAACACAGCAUCAGCUGACCAUGCACAUCAGACAGCACAACGCCGACACCGGAGCGACGGACCACUCCUGCAGCAUCUGCGGGAAGUGCCUGAGCUCGGCCUCGUCGCUCGACAGACACAUGCUGGUCCACAGCGGCGAGCGGCCCUACAAAUGCAACAUCUGCGGCCAGACCUUCACCACCAACGGCAACAUGCACAGACACAUGAAGAUCCACGAGAAGGACCCGGCCAGCGGUCUGCUCCCCAUCAGCCCCCCCUCCCCCACCAAACGCCGCCGUCCAUCUGUGAAGAGGAGGCAGGGCCUCGAGGAGGAGAACGGAGAGGAGCCGCCCUCCAAGAAGGUGGUGGAGGAUACAGCGGCCGAGGAGGCGGCUGCGGCGGGCCGAGGCGCGGAGGAGGAGCUUCUGCCCUGUCCCAUCUGCUUCAAGACCUGCAGCUCCAGACUGGAUCUGGAUGCUCACAUGGACUCUCAUCCCGACACCGCCCUCAGGUGUGAUCCCUGCUGCCUUUCUUUCCGAACUCACCGUGGUUUGUUGCGUCACAACGCGGGCGUCCAUAAGCUCCUUCCCCAGGACCCGAGUGGCCGCCCUUUCAUCCAGAACAACCCCUCCAUCCCCACCGGCUUCAAUGACUUGGCCUUCAUCGACUUCUCCUGCAAGAAGUUUCCUCACAUUGCACAGAUCUGGUGUGAGACAAACCUCCGACGCUGUAUCAGCAAGUUCCACCGGUUCGUCUGCGAGUUCUGCGACAAGGCGUUCCCCCUUCGCUCUGCCCUGGACCUCCAUAAAGCCAACUCCCACCCCGACAAACCUGCCGCCACUGACACAGAGAACACAGAGGAGAAAGUAAAGGAGGACGGCAAAGGAGCUGCAGAACAAGUUGAGAACGACCACCCUGCCCUGCCCGCAGAACAGUCCAACUUCCUGGAAGGGCUGGGCCUUCAGCACAUUUCCAAGGUGAAGUCUGGUCCCACUGACGAUGAGAUCCAUCAGGCCCACCUAGACAGCAUCAAAGUCAUCCACGUGGAGCCUCCAUCCUCCAGCCUCCCCCAGGAGCCGGCCUCGGGCUACUUGUCCGGAGGUCUGGGGCUGACUCUGGGGCUCGGCGUGAGUGGUCUAACUGCUCUUAACUUCUCUCUGCUGGAGGCCUCGGGUUCAGCCUUGCAGGGCCUCUCCCAGAGAGACGCCCUCAGCCUGCUGUCCCUGCAGCCUUUCCAGACCAGCUUCCUCCUGCAGCCUGAUGGGAGUGCAGCAGCAGCCAGCGCCGCUUCGUCAGGCAUCAAACCUGGAGAGACAGGCAGAGCUGCGGGUAUGGAGCUGGCAGACAUCCAGCAGAUCCUGAAAGUGGCUACCACAGCACCGAAUCAAAUGGGACUGCCACCUCUGGCCAAAGCUCCUGGAUUCAGUGGAGGUCAAGGUCAAGUUCAGGGUCAGAAGGCGAUGCCGCCGCUGAAACCCAAACCUCCCGUCAGUCCUCGAUCAAGCCUCACAACAACAACUCCUCCACCACUCCAGAGCUCCCAGCAGGCCUCACUGGGCUGCAUCAGCCCCAGCCUGCCACCUCCCACGCCCUCGCUCUUCAAAACGCCCUCCUCGGCCGGAAACGGAGGGCAGAUGGACGCAGAGUGCAUGAAUGACCCGCAUGCGCCCCUGUCUGACUCACCGCCUGCUGCUACCACAGCUGUUCACGAGGAGGUGGGGCUCAGCGGAAGAAAGCCAGGAACCAAAGGGGGGAACAACGCAGGCUCAGCCAAAGGCUCAUUCCCAUGCCGCUUCUGUGACCAGGUGUUCGCCUUCUCCGGUGUGCUACAGGCUCACAUGCGCUUCCACCUUGGCAUCCUGCCCCACCAGUGCAACAUCUGCGACUACGUAGCUCCUGAUAAAGCCACACUUAUCCGUCACCUGCGCACGCAUAGCGGUGAGCGGCCGUACGUCUGCCGUGUCUGCCAUUACCCGUUCACUGUAAAGGCCAACUGCGAGCGCCACCUCAGGAAGAAGCACGCCAAGACCUCGAGAAAGGAUAUCGAGAAAAAUAUCAAGUAUGUCACUUCAACCACCACAGCAAACAUUGCAGCCAUCACUGCUGCAACCACCACCUCCACCCAGGACACAGAGACAGGAUGCGCCGGAGCCGAGACCGUGUGCCGGUUCUGCGGCGAGGACCUGAAGACAUACCGGGCGUUACAGAUCCACCUGCGCACGCACAACGGUUGUCAGAGGAAACCAUUUGAGUGCCGACGCUGCGGCGCCGCAUUCCUGGCCAAACGUAACUGCAUCCACCACCUGCUGAAGCAGCACCCUGAGGUGCAGGAGCGAGAGAUCGAGGAGCACAUCAUCACACUGCUGCCCGCCGCCACCACCCUCACCACUGCCUGCGCCACUCCAAUGGCGCUGAACGGCAUCAGUCAGCCUCCGAUCCCGGCCGUGAAGGUGGAGGAGCUGGUGAACGCCACUUUUCCUGCAGAACUGGACCAGCCGCUUGACUUCUCUGCUAAGAGCCGUGGCGCCAGCAGCCAGACGGGGUCACCUGGGGUCAAACUGGAGAGUAUCUCACCCAGCUUCGACUGUUCCGACCUGGACCAGCCCAUCGACCUGUCCAUCCCCAGCAAGAGGCAGCGGAGGGAGGUGGCGAGCUGCGGGGAGCUAAGGGAGAUAAAGACAGAGCAGAGCGGCGGCAGCAUCAUCGAGCAGCAGCAAAUUCUGUCCAAGGACGAGAAGACGGCGAGCGGCCCAUCGCCCCUGCACCCUCACCCCCAGCUUGGCUGCUAUCAGCUUCCCCCCGGAUCCACUCCUCCCCCAACCUCCCACCCCAAUACCACGAGAGCCCAGCGCCUCAAACCGCUGCUGCCCAAACCUGCCUCCUCUUCACCCUCCGCCACGCUCAAAGAGCUGCCACCGCUGGCCUCUAUCGCUCAGAUCAUCAGCUCCGUCUCCGCCGCACCAGAUCUGCUGAAGAGGGAGGCGGCCAGUGUCACUUCUUCUCAGGCCGACACGGCCGCCGAUGCCCCCGGACCCUCCGCUGGUUCAGAGGCACAGAACGACGACACCUCAGAUGGAUCCUCUAGGAGGAGGUCCAGGAAGAAACUAGCCACCCUUGGCCUGAAAGAGAAGGCUGUGAGUGGCGCCGGCAUCGACCUGGAGUCCAGCGGCGAAUUUGCCAGCGUGGAGAAGAUGCUCGCCAACACUGACGCCAACAAGUUCAGCACCUACCUGCAGACGGGAGCUGCUGACCUGGGAGGAAAGAGAGCAGAUGGCGACAAAGCAGGAGUGGAGGAGAAGGAGGGAGGGGCGAGGGAGGAGGGGAAGCCGGCGGCGGCAGUGCCGGCCGUGGCGGGACCUCAGCCCAAAGGGAAGAAGAACGCCUACUCCAACUCUGUCCAGAAGCUUACCUGCCCCUUCUGCCCCCGAGUGUUCCCCUGGGCGAGCUCACUGCAGAGACACAUGCUGACACACACCGGUCAAAAGCCGUUCCCGUGUCCGCGGUGCGAUGCCUUCUUCUCCACGAAAUCCAACUGUGAGCGCCACCUGCUGAGGAAACACGGCGUGACCCACAGGACGCUGCGACGCAACGGUGCCCUCGUGAAGAAAAUUGGCGACGAAGGCUCACACGAGAGUGCCGAGAGCCAGUCAGAGACGGAGCAGAUGGCUCCAGAAGCACAAAACCUCAGCAGCACCACCCUGUCUACAGAUUCAGAUCCCGCCCCCACUGCCGAUAGCUCCACCCCCUGCGAAAACACACAACAGAGUCCCACCCACAAGCCAAGCCAAGGUUUCAGCCCCAGUCCCGGACCUGCCGAGCAGCAGGAGGUAGCAACCACCCAGCAGCCAGACCAGCAGGGGGCGCAGGGGGAGACCCGAGCAGCACAGGGCAAACAACCUCCACACAGCAGCAAGGUGGAGAGCACCGACGAUGACGACUGCCACAGCAACAAGAGUCUGGACCUGAACUUCGGCAAGAAGCUCAUCGACUUCAAACUCACCACGUCGUCUUCAGGCUCCACUCAGGAUGAGCAGCCCUCCCAGCCCUCGUCUUCCUCAUCAUCUUCAUCUGCACCCUCUACCUCCACUUCCGAAGCAGUGCCCGAGAGCCCAGAGGAGAAGGAGAAAGAAGCGCCCGCUUCCUCUUCCACCAGCUUCGCAGCAAAGCAGCAGCCGGAGUACAAACAUGUCUGUCGAGUGUGUAAGAAGAGUUUCCGCUACGCCACCACGCUCGCUCGCCACGAGAGGGCGCAUCUCUCCGAAGAGACGCCAACUCCACCACCGCCUCCAGUGGAGGAAGCCUCGCCAGCGAAGGAGGAGGAGGUGGCCCCAGAAUGCAAACCUGCUGAGGAGGAAAAGGAGGCGGAGAUGGAGGUGGAGGAAGGAGGAGCAAAGGGAGGCGACAGUGAGGGAGGUGACAGUGGCGAGUCAGAGGAAGAGGAAAAGGAGAAGGAGGAGAGGAGCGAUGAAGAGGCGUCAGAACCAAAGAGCCUGGAGGGCGGCGAGCCAUCCGGAGGGCGAGUGGACAAGAGGAAGAAGAUCUGCAACGUGUGCGCAAAGAGAUUCUGGUCUCUGCAGGACCUGACCCGCCACAUGAGGUCACACACAGGUGAGCGUCCCUAUCAGUGUCAAACCUGUGAGAGGACCUUCACCCUGAAGCACAGCCUGGUCCGUCACCAAAGGAUCCACCUGAAACCCCGAGGGACGGACGGCUCCUCCGGCAUCAACGAUGACGCCGCCAGUGAGGAUGGAGACUCCUGCACCCCGACCCCAACCUCCACCUGCCCACCCUCAGAGAAUGAGAGCGAGUGUGGGAGUGCUGUCACCGGGGCUAAGGAGCUGGAGGAGGAGGACGUGAAAGAUGAGGGUGAGGAAGAAAGCACUUCAAAACCAGGGCAGUGUGGCGGGGACUCAGAUCCACCAACCACUGCCACUUCUGCGACACCACAGCCCUCUGUCGACUCGACUCCCAGCCGCCAAGCUACUGACACAAAGACAACUACUAGCGCCGAAUCGACGCCUGACCCAAACGCCUCCAAAGACCCCUCACACUCUUCCUCCAGCUGUCCAGCAGGGGAAGUGGCAGCUGCCACCCCAGCUGAGGGCUUCAUCCAGGGGCUGCUGGAGAUACACACCAAGCCCUCUCUGGAGCACAUCCUACCCAAUGGAGAGCCUCCUCUGGUGGGCGUGGAGUGAGGAGAAACCUCUAACCAUAUCACCGCAGUGCCAUACGGUCAGAGAGACGCUACACCAUUGAUGACGAUGCAAAAACCAGCCCGGAAAAUCUUUUUGAUAGAAAGACGAAAUCCUCGUUUUCUUGAAGUGCCUUACUACUAGUCCUAAAAGAUGCUUUUGCUAUAUCUUUAUCUGCAUUAUUACGGAGAAUGGAUCUAAUUUUUAUAGCUUUUUAUGAUGACAAUGAUUUACAAUACAUUUUUUUGUGAGGGGAAUCUAUAUUUCAGCAAUAAAAAGAAUAAAAUUACAA